AUGAGUAAGGAUAAGAGGUUAGCGAGUAUUUCGCUGCAGCCAGUGGCGUCAUCGUGCGGAAAUUGUACUGAAGUCCAGGACUUAAAGUUACAUAAUCUUCGGGUGGAACUUGAUUGUUUGCCACUGAAAGGCUUUAUGUCGAAUAUUUGCCCACCAACGUUUAGAGAUCAUAAGAGCUACGUAUUUGUUUUAUACUGUUUAAAUCAAGUCGAUCUGGUUACGGAAUUGCGGGACUCUACAAAAUGUCAUCACCCACUGCAAAUAUUUAAAGAUUGUCAACUGAUUUCCUUGGUUCAGAAGGAUUUCGUACAUUAUUUCCAAUUCAGAAGGAAUAAGGAAGGGGAUAAUCGGAGCGAUAGUGAUACUACCUUAGUCAACGUGGCCAAUUCUAAAGGCUCCUGCUACAAUAGUCAAUUACUAAGGAUGUCUAUUAUACCUAGGAUUUGUUCCUUCGACAAACCCAACUCCAAAACCUACAAGCUGAUUUUGGAAUAUGCAAAUCGCUUUGAAACCGUUUUAACCAAAUUCGGCCCAGAAAAGGAUUUCACUAAAAUUUAUGCUAACUGGUCGAAACUCAUUGAGUCAUUCAAUGAGCUCAUUUUACAAGACUUGUUGGCCAAGUGGCAACAAUGGUUAGAAUUAACUCAGCCGGAUACUACAGUUCAUCUGAGCAUCCCCAAUGUUUUGACAAAACUCGCAAUGAAGCUAACACAAAAGUAUUUUACAUUCCAACACUCAUGCAAUUGUUCGGUCGAUGAAUUCACAACAAUUUUACUUGAUAAAAAUUCCUUGAGUCUCUUUGACGUUUUCAGAGAAACCCGAAACUAUGAACUGAAUUUUGGGUUAUGGCUGGAUUCCCAAAACGGUAUUUUAAUUUUUACUAAUGGCAUUGUGCAUAUGUCAGAUAAAAUCACAAGUGAGCGGUUAAAAUCUUUUGUUAGGCCAGCACAUCUUUUGGUAUUGGAGGACCAUUCAAAUGAUGAAAUAGUAAAGAAACUAAUGUUUUUCAUUUUCUCAGCGAUACUGCAAUGUUUUACUGAUGAGAUUCCGAAUUGCUAA